CUCUUUGUCCUUCCCGUCAUGGCGAGAUGUUCUCGACGAGAGACAAGAGACGAACCAAAUAUAACUAGUUUUUUUUCCUGACAGAAUGCGCACAGCGCCCAUUUCCUCAGCUUCUGCCCUCUCUCGCUCGUAUCUGCUCCAUUUUCGCCUCCCCGCGGCUGGUGUUUGCCUCACAUGCCUCGCCACGGCCUAUCCCACAUGACCCUGCACACGCGCACUUCAGACGUCUACGUGACUUGAAGCCAUCGCUCGUCUCGAGGCGCGGAAGCCCAGUACGUUGCUCGCGGGAGGAGGUCGAGAAGGUGAAGAGCAAGUUGCAGAAGGAGCACGAGAUGGCUAUGCUGGUCAAGUUGAGGGACGAGUGCCUCAAGGCUGCGAGUGAGGCGAUGGGUAGGGACGAGGGCAAGGGCAAGGGUCACGCCUCGACCCAAACGAAUGUCGUCGCUGUUGAGGUGAGCAGGGAGGGGAGGCAGGCCGCGGGAGAACCUCUGUGUCUGUCAUCUUCAUCGGUCUCUGUGUCUCUGUAUUCCUUUCUGUGUGUCUGCAGAGUAGUGGUGAGUCGCAGACGGAGGAGAUGCCAUCGCCUCCCAAUGCCGUUGACCAGUCGCCUGCUGACAACGCUGCUGAGGAGCCACCUGCUGACGAGCAGCCGCCGACUCACCAGGUUGGAUAAACGACAUACGCGAUAUACACGACAGCUCUGACAAGUGCCGCUUCUGUUCUUUCCCUUUCCCCUUCUCCAGCAGCCGUUUCUGCAGGGUGAGAUCGCCGAUGAGGCCGCCACUGUGCAGACCAAGCAGUGGUUGGGCCAGAAUGUCGAGCUGCCCGGUCAGUCCCCUGACGCCUUCAAGCCUGUCGCGUACUUCGGCACGCAGCCGGAGGGCAGCGAUCGGUCGUGCUACAACAGCCCGCCCCCCAACUAUCGCGUGGAUGCGGACGCCUUUCAUCCCCCGCACUUCGGCCAAGUGGCUGACCAGCAGCCGCCGCCAAUGGAGCCACAGCCACAGCAGGAUGGCCAGGGAGUACAGCAGCAGCAGCACCAGCAGCUGCACCAGCAAGAAGCUGAUGUGGUGGAAUCGUGGGAGAAGCCCGUGUUAGCGCUGGCGCCACGUGCGUGUGUUUUCUGGAAGCGCGCAUGAGUAUGGGUGUGCGCUGCAGUGCGCAUCCCAAGUGGUCAGUGUCUGCCGCGUACUUGUCCAGGUACGCACGACGAAAGAGAGAGUCUCAGAGCAGAAGCAAGCCAUUCUUCACCCUGUUCUCUGGUCCUCUGCUCACAGACCAUCGCCUGAUUUUAUACUUUCACACUCGCGCAUCGACCACGUAUACGUAAGAGUCAUGGACAGCACGAGUACGAGUUUGGUCCGUGCACCGUGCACCGUGCAGCGUGUUUGUGCACACAGGUCGUCAUCGCCAGCAAGUACCACUGCUGCCGGUCCCUACGGUGACUCUCUCGCUCAUCCUGCUCAGGGGUGCUCCUUCAGAAGUUGUUGUUGUCCUUCCCUCUUCGUGGCGAGAAUUCUCGACAAGAGAGACGGGAGACAAAUCAAAACAUUUCCAUAGGGGAUCGAGGUCGUCUUGCGGCUUUCCAUUUCCUCAGCGUGCGGCGGACAGGUACGUAUCCUCUCCUCACCCCCUCAACCACACACUACUAGUCUGCAUCUCACGUGUCAUGCAUUGCACAUCAUGCGAUUGUUGACAGGUCGACGGCCCUGCACCGCACCGUCGAUGGGUGCCCGAGUUCAAACAAACGAGGGAGCUGCUCGCCAAAACGACGGUCUUCAAGGCCAUCGCCGCGCCGCGAUUGCCAACUCACACACAUACUACUUCUUAAAAACGGUACGCCACAUGUGCACAGGACACAUGCACAGGUCCACAUGUGGAAGUCAUCCGUCUGCGUCGUUUUCAUCGGCAGGUGAGGUCGAUGUCCAUCAACCGCCGCCGUCGCUGCCGAGGCUUGAUGAUGAGAGGUUUGCGUCGCCCCGGACGGCGAGGGCGGACCCGCCCAAUGUCAAGAUCAAGCCGCCUUUGCCGCGGGGGAGCCCUGAGAGGGAUGCUGCUGGCCUGCACAUCCCCUUCACCGGCCCCUUCGGCCCCUCCAGCCCCACGGGCAGCCACCCCCCACCCUCCUACCUCCCUCCCCGGUCCUCGCCGUCACAGGCCCCUCCACUGUCCUCCAUAGGACACACUGACAAGGCGCCAGACAGCCCGGCCAGCGACGCAGCAACCACCACCAGCACCACCACCCCACUGCCAUUCCUCGCCACGCUGGAGCCGGGCCUGCAGCUUGCGGGUAGCCUCAGAGCGGUUCGCCAGGGGCAGAAGGCCGACGUCGACGUGUGGACGGCCCGGGCCACCGGGGAGGGGGCCACCCCGGCUGGCACCUGGGUCGUCACCAAGUCGGUGUCCGGCCUUGUGCAGGCCGGCGUGGGUCGGGAGAAGGUGCGGGCCGCCGUGCAGCGAGACUCGGACACGCUGCGGCUGCUGUACUUUGCCGCCAGCGAGUUCCGGCAGCACCGGCUGCCCGAUCUCCUGCACGGCCGGCGCCACACAGGGGUGAGGCGGUGCGUGCCUGAGUGGCUGGGGUUCCUCAGCCAAGAGGAGCUGGCGGCGGGCAAGGCGGCGUUGAGAGAGACGCGGGAGGGAGGGACGGCCGUGAGUAAGCGCAUGACGGACCUGGUGGCUGAGGAGGGGGUUUGUUACCUGAUGGGCAUGGUUAUGGGCACGACGGACCCAAGUAAGUAAAGCGGGGCGGACAGGAAAGAAAGGAAGGAACGUGCCACACGUACGCGCGCACGAGCCGUCAUUGUGUGUGUCAUGCAUGCAGUGGGCCAAGUGUGGGGUGCCGACACCGUGGACCACCUCUGCCGUCCCCCCAUCCCCAGCCGCCGCCCCCCUGGACCGCUGCUGCGCGGCGCGGUGUCGGUGAACAUGGUCCUCGCCCUUCUCCACAUCCACCGCCACCACCACAUCACACACAACGACUUCCACUACCGCAAUGUGCUCGUGGCGGAUGUGGAGACGGGUGAGGUCAUGGUCAUCGACUUCGAGAGCGCGCGCCACAUGCAGCCAGACGGCAGCACCCAAGAUGGGGAGCCCCGUCUCGUCACCCCCUUCGCCCCCCCUUCACCACGGCGUACCAUCUUGACGCCACUCUGGAGGGGCGGGAGCUGGUCGACGAGACGGUGACCUACGCCACCGACUGCAUGGGCGCAGCCUUCUCCUUCAUACUGCUGGCCUCCCCGACAGCCGCCACCGCCAAGGCCGUCAUAAAACUGGCCGAAACGGAGCUGGAAGAGCUCCUCAAGGGGUGCGAGGCGGCCCGCAGCCAGCAGGGCGAAGGGGAGGCGGCCCAGGCGACGCGCGAGGGCGCCAGGGAGGCAUACAAGGCAACAGUGGCCAGCAUCGCAGCGGCGGCCAGCAGCCACAUGGAACAGGCCAUCGAGGCCUCUGAGCAGCCCGAGGCGGCCAAGCAGCAGUGGAAGGCCCUCUGCGCCCUCAGCGUCCAGCUGUAUCGCGAGCUGGGGAUGGGCCACGGAGAUGGGAUGGGGCAGGUGGAAAUGUGGGCGAGACUGGAUACUUUCUACCAUGAUGUGAUGACUGGUAAGACAACACACCCACACACACACACACACGGAGAUCAGGCAAGGGAAGAAGAAGAGCAGAUGAUGUGUCAUUGGCAUGCUGGGUGUAUGCGUGUUUUGCUUUCCUGCAUGCAGAGCUUUUCUCAUCUGCGUAGAAGCUGGUCAUGGAGCUGUACAAGCAGCUGGGGUGGGGGCACGAGCAUGUGGGCCUUGAUGGAUCAGUACUGCAGUGAUGUCUUCACUGGUAAGGCAACACCCACGCAAACAGGCAGACGAGAGAAAGAAGAGGAGC